AUGGGGACCACUUCAACUUUUUUCACUCCUUUGACUAAUGUGAUGCUUCCACAAGAAAACGUCCACGUCAGGGGUAUCGUCCUAGAAGAUGCUUCGCCAAUUUAUGACGAUUGCGGUCAAAUCUUUGAAAUGCGAUUCUUGAUGCGUGAUCCGGAGACGGAUGUUGACAAGUGCAUCGUACUUCGUGCCAAGGAUGUAAACCUUUUACCAUCACUCAAAUCCCAAUUCAAGAUCACUAUCAUGAACGCAUCAAUCCAGCCCACUGUGAUCGCUGCACACACAGAUGAAGGAUCAGCUUGGUGCAUAUGUCCUAUUUAUUCGGAUGAAGAUGCAUUAUGUUUCGUGGUCUGGAUGCGCUCUAGUAGAAAGGAAAAAGCAAUGCAAACAGGCAUUACUCAAAGAACGUUACUUGUAAUAUUAAGUGGUGCUGCUGUUUACCUGGUUUGGAAACCGGUGAUAUUAUCGCAUUCAAAGACUGCUCCGCUCGCAUGGAAGCCUGAUCCGAUCGAAAUCGUCCCUUUCACUCGACUGAUCGACAACGUACCAAAGCUUAGUGGAUUGAAUGUUUUCGGAGAGGUUGUUCGCCCCGUAGAUCCUUUUCUGCCACAAUUAGGCUUAACAUGGCAGAUGGUUUUCACCCUUAAGGAUGUUUGUACUGAUAUCGAGAAGAGGGUCUGUAUCAUAACAGCGACUGAAGAAUCCAUGCCCAAGCUUAUUACUGGAAGCAAGAUCCUUAUCAUGAAUGCGAAGUGGGAUUACCGAGAUGGAUACGCGUGCAUUUAUGCUGAGGAUUAUUCCAAGUCAAAAUGGAUAGUCGAUCCUACGAUCGAUCUCGCAGUUGCAUCUGAUGAUCGUGAUGACACCUGGUGA